AAAAACCCGCACGCAGCAGCGCUACAACCCAGCAAAGCAGUGUGUCAGCCUGUGACGAAUAAACGCGCACAGCCGUGAUGUGGUGGUAGCAGUUAAAACGGAUAAUACUACAGAGAAUACUAAAUAUCUCUUAUUGGUCGUGUGUGCUUUUGCUUCACCACAGUUCGAACGAUAUGGAGGUAGUGUUUUAAUGAUUAUUAAUAUUUUUAAGUGCGCUGGAAGUGUACAUUCUUGUGACAAGACAGCAUACAACAACAACAACAACAACGGCGACGGUGUGCGGUGGAAAGUUUUGCACCAUUUUCUUACCAUAGUGUGCUUUGUGUAGUGAGCAGCGCACGUGUGUUUGUGUGUGCCCGUAGUGGGCAACAUUUGGCAGAGAGAUCGUGAGAUUCCAGCAUUCCCCGUGUGCAAUAGUGUGCGUGCGUGUGCGAAUAAGCUGUACCCGUGCAUUUGCGUGUAGAGGUGGGUGGGUGUGUGUGUGUGUGUCUGAUACACACAGUAGUGAAGAUAGAAUAGUUGGCACGGGUAAAUAAUAACGCAAAACAAGAAGAAAACAACUUUGGUCCGUUGUGUGAUGUGCGUGUGUGUGCGCGCGCGGGAUUGUGAACAGUGUGCGUGCGCGAGUGUGUGUGAGUGUGUACACUAAAGCAAUAAUAAGAAGUGAAGUGUUGGCAGGAAGAUAUACAGCACAAAACGUCAGUAUUCCAUCGUUUGCUGUAGCAGAAGCUGCCGCAUGCUGUGCCCGCACACAGCAUCCUUUGGAAUUUCGUGUGCGAAACUUUGAAAUUCCACAGUGGAGUGAUUUUGUGGAAUAAGAUUUAUCAUACAUCCGACGAAGAAGAGACGAGUGUUGACGAGAAGAGCAAAGUGAGUCUCGUGUUAGUUGUGUUCCAUAAGAACCAGUGCUACAGCAUCUUCAGCAUCUGGGGCGACAGAGUUCGACGACUAAAGUGUUCGGUGAGGGCUGUUUACCUCCUGAGUGUGUUUUUUCUUGGUGACACUAAUCACCAGUGUAUUCUUCCGGUUCGAAGUUCCUCGUUUGUAUGUUGGUGUUAUCAAAUUCCCUUGUGUACCUACUGGAAGGUGCUAUGCAAGUUAUUAUGAUUACAUGAAGCUCAUCAGUUUUAUCGGUGCAGUUUCUGGAAGUGGAAUCCUCCCGAACAAAGUAACGAAGAAGUCCGUCACCUCCCCGAAACUUUUGCUGGACUCUGUGAAGAAAUAACCUCGACAGACGACAACCCCUGUCUCUCCCGUGGGCAGUAGGUGUCUGUUUUAAGGCCCGUGCGCACGUGGACGCAAUUGAGAAAUGUCAUCCGCGGCACCGGUAACGGUUAAACAGGAGAGGCAUGAUGAAGCCGAAAUCAAGGAGAUGGCGGCAAAGAUAGUGGAGGCACACAAGCAACAAUCGGCAAAGGCGGCAGCGGCCGCAGUACAGCAGCAACAAGUGCCGGCCCGACCAGCGGCGAUGAACACAACAGUGACGGCCAACGGUGUCACACCCGGCCAGGCGAACAUACUGAACUAUUUGACGCGCAAACCGACCAACGCACCGUUGAACGCUGCAGCGAAUGCUAUGGCGGCAGCGGCAGGUGGAGCAACUACCGUGGCACUGCCACUGGGCAGCGGACACAGUGUCGCGUCCAACGGCAGUGGCAAAGCGUACGAUGGGGGCGGAUCGGAUGUGAAUGGUAGCGGGGAGAAGAAGGCGAACGACGAGGAAAGCCAGAAGGGCCACUUCGGGUGGGAGGUGUUCCCGGCCAAGGUGCACAUACCGUUCAUCCUGCGCCAGCAGGAACGGUACUGUGCGGUGCGCAUGGUGGAGAUGAAGCUGCUGAACAAGUAUCUCAACUACCUGCAUCAGGACAUCUACACGUGCACGUGUGUCCGGUCGUACUACAUCACCGAUGCGGAGUGUAAGCUGCUGAACGAGAUCAACCAGAAGCACAGCGACAUGCAGUUCGGCCGGGAGCUGUUCACGCUGAAGGAUCUCGUCGUGCGGGUGUCGGAUGCGUACAAAUUCUACCAGUUCCUGGAGGUGUGCUACAAGAAGCUGCUGAUGGGGUGCAGCACACCGAACGACAAGUGUGGCUUCAUCCGGAUCAACAAGGAAUCGGUGGUACCGUACACGGUGCGCGACUACCAGAAGAUGGUACCGCUGUUCUACUUCGAGGGCGAAACCGAUAACCUGAAGCUGAAGGCGGACAAUCUGUCCGGUUGGGAUCUGUCGUACCUGAAGUUCUGCUGCAAGGUGCAGGGCAUUCGGAAUGAGCUGUUCGCCAGCGAUUCGGUCGCGGUAAUUAGUCUGACCGACAUCAAGGGUUACUUUCCGCCCGGGACGGAGUUCGAGGACUACUGGCCGAGCAAGGUCGUCGAUUCGCAGCUACUGUCCGGUCCGAAAACGAACACCAUCCACUGGACGCGGCAACCUGCACAGCCACCACCGAAGGCACCGACCAUGAUGAACAGUGCGCCGGCACGGAAGGGCACCAGCAACAACGUCUACCAGACGCUGCAAACGCAACAGAAUCUUGCCAAAACCAACAACCAAAUGAACAGUAUUACCGCCGCUGUACAGGCCCUUACCAACAACUGGAACAUGGUGCCAUCGAACCAUCAAAACUUGCUAUCCGCCCAACAGGAGCAACUGCUACGACUUAGUCAAGCCCAGCAGGCGGCCCAGGCUCAGGCACAGAUACGCAACAUCCAAAAUAUGCACUCGAUGCAGCAGUACAACUCUUCCCUGUACAAUGCCGCCAUGUCACUGACGUCCCGGUCGUCACAAAAUCAACAGGUACCGCCACCGUUGGUUCGAUCGGCACAGGUUCAAGCUCAUCUGUCGAGUGGUGGCAGUGGCGCAUCCUCAGUCCUUCGCUCGAGCACGAACUCCGGUAGUAGUGGCAAUGGCAAUACCUUACCGAACCUAAACCCCGCUCUGUCCAUAUUCGCAACCACCAGUAGUCCCAACGGCACUGUUAACCUAUCCCGCUUGAAUCAGCAACAGAUAAGCGAGCUUACAAUGGCCAGUGCGUCCGGUAUGGUGAACGGUGGCGGCAUCAGUAAUGGCCGUACAGCACCCGCAAAGACUUCUAGCACGAACCGUACCGCAGCUAGUACUGCGGCAGCAAUUGCUUCCCUUACUGCCGCGAUGACAUGUGGCAGCAGGCCGAGCACCACCGCCACCAAUCUGGAUGGAUUUUCCUUAGGGCGUAACGUAACCAUCACGCCGGCAUCAAAGCGCAGUUCCAGUGCGCUGGAAGAGUUUGCGGCGCGUGCAAAUGUCGCUGCAUCGCUAGCCGGGUAUGGCGUUGCUGUGAAUGGGAGGCAGCAACCGGUAGCGUACCCGAAGAAUCCGAUUUCCAUCACCGCGGUACCGGUUGGUUCGCCGACGCGUGCCUCACCGAAGGGCGGCCAGGCAAGGCAACCGCCACCGGCCCUGAUACCGGUCGGUGGUGGUAACGAGCUGCUGGAUAGCUACGUUGCCAACGGUGUCGAUCUGUUGGCCCAUCUGCGUCUCAGCAAGGACAUCGAGAUUAUAAACGAACGGUUGUUGGAAACGGCGGGUCGUGGUAGCGGAGUGAGCGGUAGUGACCACCGGCACGGGAAGGGCAGUAACAGCGGCAAACAUUUACCAUCGUACCGGGAAAGCACCACCACCGGCAGUAGUAGCAGCAGUAACACUGGCUCAGUAGUAGUUCCGCAGAGUGUUAUAGUACACGAUAGAAGUAGACCGGGUAGUAGUAGUAGUAGUAGUAAUAAUAGGGUUGAGUAUACGAGAAAUCAGAGUGUCAUCACUAGUGCUACUGGCGGUCGCCCAUCCGUUAUCGAUACAGAGUUUGCGAUUGGCAACGGCGCCAUUGACGGAAGAUCUCCCUACCUGAAUUUACUAGUCGGUCCGGGAUCAUGGGAUGUAAUCGAUCUAUCUUCUACCCCAAGGUCUACCAUGGCAGGGGCAUCAUUGCCGCAGCAUUUGGUUCAGCAGGCAGCAGCGGCAGCAGUCGCCCAGCAGCAACAACAGCAGCAGCAGCAGCAGCAACAGCAAUCACAAUCCGGACGCCGAACGGCGUCUGCAUCCGCAUCGGCUGCCCUGUCCGGUAGUCGAUCUCUCUCGAUUAGCUCGUCCAGUGGGGCCGGUGGCAGCGGCAAUGGAGCAAGUGCAAACAGUUACCGCAACUCGAGCGUUGCCGCGAUACAGCAGCAGCUUCAGCAAGCCCAGCAGCAGCAGGCCCAGCAGCAGCAAGCGCACCAUCAGCAGCAUGCGGCGGUAACUGCUGCGGCAGCGGCCGCCAUCAACAGUCUGGCGGCGGAAACCAGACACGGCAACAUGAUCGUACUGCCGGAGAUGAAUGUGGGCGUGACGCAGUACAAACCGUACGAGGUGGUGAAGAAACCGGUCGAAAACAAGAUCAUCUACUGUGUGAACAAAGCGCCAUACCGGAACACGGAGUAUCUGAUGACCAUAUUCGACCUGAAGGAUGUGUUCUUCCCGUACAUAAGUUUGGAUGUGUGCCGGCGUGUGCUGAACGCUUUAGACAUCAGUCUUUUCCAAGGCAAUAGCUUGCAAUACCAGGCACUGCAGGAAGCGGGCCGCACGAACGUGGACAAAAUGCCGAUGAUACAGGUGACGGACGUGAUGACGUACAUGCCGCAGCUGCAGUACAUGAUCCGCAGCAGUAACCUGAAUCAGGAAACGCAGGCAAACAAGCGGGCCCGUAUCAGCUAGGAAUUGGGGUGG